CGAUCCCCCGGUGAGCCAUUAUAAAGGCAGGUAAUCAGCAGUGCUCGAGCACGGAGCUGGGAGCCUAGCAGGGGGUAGCUGCCCCGUAAUGACUGGCCACCACAGUUGGGGAUAUGGGCAGGAUGACGGACCUUCGGAGUGGCACAAAUCUUAUCCUAUUGCCCAAGGGAACCGUCAAUCACCUAUUGACAUAAUUUCUGCCAAAGCAGUCUAUGACCCCAAGCUGAUGCCGCUUGUUAUCUCCUAUGAAUCAUGUACGUCUCUCAACAUCUCCAACAAUGGCCAUUCAGUUAUGGUUGAGUUUGAAGAUAUUGACGACAAGACAGUGAUCAGCGGUGGUCCCUUUGAGAAUCCCUUUCGGCUAAAGCAGUUCCACUUUCACUGGGGGGCAAAGCACAGCGAGGGAUCAGAGCAUACAGUUGAUGGCAAACCUUUUCCAUGUGAGCUCCACUUAGUUCACUGGAAUGCCAAGAAGUAUGCAACAUUUGGGGAAGCAGCAGCAGCUCCAGAUGGCUUGGCUGUAGUUGGUGUUUUCUUGGAGACUGGAAAAGAACAUGCCAAUAUGAACAGACUGACUGAUGCUUUGUACAUGGUAAAAUUUAAAGGGACAAAAGCUCAAUUUAGAAGCUUCAACCCCAAAUGUCUCCUGCCUUUGAGUCUAGAUUAUUGGACGUACCUUGGAUCUUUGACAACACCGCCCCUUAACGAGAGUGUAACGUGGGUAGUGCUGAAAGAACCCAUCACUAUUUCUGAGAAACAGCUGGAGAAAUUCCGCAUGCUCCUCUUCACCAGUGAGGAAGACCAGAAGGUCCAGAUGGUGAAUAACUUCCGCCCCCCUCAGCCACUUAAGGGGAGAACAGUUCGAGCUUCCUUCAAGGCCUGAAGAAAACCGAUUAUGGCCCUGGAAUAUCUAAAAGCUUCCACAUAAGAGACCAUAAAUCUGGUGUUUAGAUCGCUCAUGGAGCAUGCAAGAUAGCCAUUCCAAGAACACUCUUUACUUGAAGGGGGACAAAAAUUUUCAGAUGCUGUAUUUUAUUUGAAUCGCACUAUUUUAACACAAUCUUAGAUCUUUUUAACUAGAACUCUUUUUAGUACAAAGAAUAGACAAGUGAUCUGGAGCAUUCUCCUGGAGUUAAAAUUAAGACGAAAUUGAAAUCCUACUUAAUAUGAGAUGGGAACUAGGUGAUAAUCUAUUAGUGCUGACGGUUACAUCUUCUGAUUGUCUAAUACACGAUGAAACAAUAGUUAAAAUUUGGAUAAAUUGGACUGAAAUAUUUCUUAGAUUGUUCCUGUUACAUUUGCUGAGCUCCCUCUGACUUAGAAGAUUUUCCUCCCUUAGAAGAUUUUCACUACCUUUGCUGUCUAUUGACACAAAGUGCACAAAUAGUACUUGAAAAAAGUUCUGUAUUCACUUCAAGAAGGCACUGAUAUGAAAACUACAUCUAUAUUUUAAAAUUACUGUUCUAAGGUACUAUUGCACAACUGUUUUCAAAUAAGUAAUGUAAAUGCUCUGUGAUCAAAACCAGGCCAUGUUGUUUAUUGCACAAGACUGUUUAGACAUAAAUUAUUUUAGCCUAUGCAGCAUACGUAAUUUUAACUCCCUCAUUAAGUUGGUUGAGAAGGAACGUGUAGCAAUUCAGGUAUGUACUUGUGGCUAUCUAAAUUGUUCAAAUUCUACCUCAGUUAAGUGAUCUGCUCUGCAAUCUGACCUCCUUCAGUGUCUGCCUGUCUAAAGAAUGUAGAUGUAUUUUUUCACUGUAAGGAUCUUAUUUGGGUAGACCUUGCACUGAAUGUACAUUACUGCACAAAUCAUCCCAUAGUCAUGGCAAUGUGUCAGGGAUGGUCCUGGCAAAUUUGAGAUUUUAUCAGUACUGAAUCCUGAUACAUCUUCAAAAUAGUCGCUUUAGAAAAGCCACGUUCUAGUAUUGCUGCUUCUGCAGCUUAGUGAAAAAAUUCUUCAGACCUCCGUGUCCAGUAAAGAAAAAAAAAAUAGUGAUAUCAUCUGUACCUACUGUCAGUGUAUUUUCAGUUACUCUAUUUCUAGGUUUCAAAUGUUUUACUUAAUCUGUAUAUUUCAGACAAAUUGCUGAUGUUUAUUAGCUUUCAGCGUCUUAAAUGAAGAAUCCCUCAAAGCUGUAAACCUUAAAGUAAGGGGGAGAGUGGUGGGAAGGGAGGACUAGAACAUCUACAGGUGGUUCUCCCUUUUCAGAAGGGGAGACAGAAAUAGUAGGCGUGGAGCACAGUACAAGGAAUGGAAGAUUGGAAUUCUAGACUUAACUCCUACAAUUUUUUUGGUAUACUGACAUAAAGCAUUCUGUUCCUCAGUUUAUUCUUCUAUAAACAGAAGGUAACACUAAUAUCUACCUCACAGGGAUACUGUGAGGGCUAAUUCAGCAUUGUUUUAAAUUAGAGACUCCUAUAUGGAAGAUGCUAGAGGAAAUUUAAAAAAAUCAUAAAAUGCAAUGUAUUUAGCUAUUAUGAAUGUAACUUGGCUAGUUAUGCAAACCGAUAUUGCAAAAAAAUCUAUUUAUGUAUCUCAAUUUCUUUAUCAGGUUAAAUAAAUGAUACUUAAAAAUCA